UCAAUUCAACCCCUUUCUUAGUUGGACCAAUACGGUGCGUUUCGUCCUUUCUCUUUCCAGACGCAGACAGAGAAAGAGAGAGAAGAGAAGAGAAGAGAUCCCAUUUCCAUAUGAGAUCUUUCCCCAUUUCUUCUUUCUCUCUCUAAAAUCUUAUACCAGAAGAAAGGUGGGCUUCUCUUCUCUCCUCCUCAUUGCGAACAACAAGCCUUUUCUAACAGCUUACCACAGCAUCGCAGUUUGGCGGGGUUUUUGGGGUUUCGUUUGAUAUAAAAUUUGAGAUGUAUGCUGAUCGAGAGGACGCUGAGAAUAGGAGGUCGAUAAAGGACCGUCUUAAUGGUAGCUUUAGAGAUGACUCUAAUCGACGCCGUCAAUUCACCGGUAAAAGACAAAGGCAAGAUGACAAAUGGGAACAUGAUCUUUAUGAGGAUAAUGAAGCUCAAGUUUCAAAUCGCCAAAUUGAUUCUCGAGAUCUUCGUUUGAAGCUCCAAAGGAAAAAUCAACAAGCAUCUGUAAGUGGAAGAGGGUCUCAUUCAGGCGUGAGAGAUCUUCGUGAAAAGCUUUCUGGUAGUAUGCAUCCACAGCCUGUAAACUACGAUCCACAUAAGCCUUCACUGGAGGCCGCCAAGCCAACCAGGAGAAGUGUUGCUAUUGCUGUUGCACCGGAGAAUAGAAAGGUUGCCAAUUCAGCUGCUAAGAAGAAGGCCCCGCAAAAGGCAAGUACAUCAGUGGAUGACUUUCUGCACUCCUUAGGUCUUGAGAAAUAUUCCAUUACAUUUCAAGCAGAGGAAGUUGAUAUGACAGCUCUUACACACAUGACUGAUGAAGACCUAAAGGCCAUAGGAAUACCAAUGGUAAAGCUUCCAGCUCUAAUAUGCCUUCUUCAUUUUUUUUACAUUUAUGUUAGUUAGAAGAAAGUUACUAUGUUAACAUUCCUUUGGCUUAUGCUGGCUUUUGGUUAUUUCCUGUGUGAGUUGAAAGAUCAUAUAAUAUGUAUUAUGUCCUGAGCAAUCAAAGAACUUGGAAUAAUCAUGAUAUUCCAAAGUUUUAAAAUGCAACCGAACAAAUGAACGAAAUUAAAAUUUAUUUCAUUUCAUUACUCCUGAUCAAACGUACCCUUAGUUACUCCCGAUCAAACCUUCUUAUCAUAUGCUGAUGGACUUAUCUUUGUUUGGUGUUCCCUUUUCCCAAUUUGAAUGUGCAAUGAUUUUCUACUCAGGCUUUUAAGUGGUGAUCUUUUUACCCUAACCAAAAUAGAUUAAAAACAACCCGAAAUAUAUACACUUUCAAUGUUUACAAUGCUCCUGUCUUACAUUUACUGUGUUUCUUUAGCCAUAACACACUCGUUUUUGUACAACAGGGCCCAAGAAAGAAGAUACUUCUAGCAUUGGAAUCGAGAGGAUGACUUUUCGAAGUGGUAUAUGUUUUGUAGCUCGAUCUUGUCAUGGAUUUUUUAUAUGGCAGAUGCACUUCAGAUGUUUGUGUUUGUUCUGAUUAAGAUCAGCUUUCAGAUAGCUUCUUUACUUUUUUUGUGUCUUCAAAGACCUUGGUUGUAUUGAUUAAAUUGGCUCUAAGGAGUUAGGAAUUGGUAUCAAACCCCAAUGGUCGUUGCAAUUUAGUAAAUUUGAAUUAGUAGGAAUAUUAAUUUUGUCAUUUAUUUAUAUUAUAUAUUAUACUGCUCGUUGCCUGUGGA